AUGAUACAACCAGACUCUAUUGUACUCGCUACCGCCAUGGUGGUAGCGGGAUACCUUGCGACAGUCUGCUUCACACCUCCAAACGCAUCCCCAGAGCGGAAAGAAAGACACAAGAUCGAUCGCACAUCGUCAAUGGGAGAUUUUGUGCCCCUGGUCCUCCGCCAAGUCGUGAUUCUCGCCGUGGCCUAUCACGCCGCUCUUGCUAUACUACCUGGACAUGCACCCAGUGUUAUGGCACAGGCUUGCCCUAGACCAAACAACCCUAAUCCGGUAUUGUUUUCUUGGACGCCUACUUCCAUCACUGCGCUACUUUUGGUCUUCAUUGGGGCCUACGUGCGCCUUUCUGCGUUUGGUGGCCUUGGUCGAUAUUUCACUUUCCAUCUUACCGUGCCCGGUCGGCUUGUGACAACUGGCAUUUACGGUUGGGUACAACACCCCAGUUAUACCGGUCAUCUGGCGGUAAUGGCUGGGUGCACGUUGCUUUUCACGAGAUGGGAUGGUGCACUUGCUUGUUGGAUUGAAAAAUCGACUUUGGUUGCAUUAUCCGGAUUGGGUUCUAUCAUUUGGGCGUCGUUUAUGGGUGUAUCUGUUUGGGCCAUACUUACAAGGGUCAAGGAUGAGGAGGAUAUGCUUAAGCAGACGUUUGGCAAGCAGUGGGAAGAUUGGAAUCGCUCGACUAAAAGAUUCAUUCCCGGUCUGUUUUGA